AUGGUUGGAAAGGCAUUAAGACCGCCAUCGGUAGUACUGUACGAGGUACGAGGUACGAGGUACGAGGUACGAGUAGAUUCAGUAGACAAAACGGAAUGUUUGGCAUUAGAGUUUCGACAGGACGGUCAAAAGAUCCUCCUAAUGGUAAUCUAUAAUCCGCCGGAAAACGAUUGCUCGGCUUUCCUGGCAGAAAAGUUGGCAAAUUUUGCUGUAUACUACGACAAUGUUUUCCUGGUGGGAGACUUCAAUACCGACAUGCUCCGACUCAGUAACAAACUCAGCGAUGAACUAACGUUUUUCCAUGGUGGAGGAUGCUCGCAGCUAGAUCUUUUCCUAACCAACAGAAACGAGAAGGUCUUGCGAUUUGGACAAGUCAGCUUUCCUGGGUUAUCACAACAUGAUUUGAUUUUUGUGUCAGUCGAUUUUGUCGUUACACGGUCCUCCAGUUUGCGUACUUAUCGAGACUACGCCAAUUUUGAUCCGCAUGUCUUAGAAAACGAAAUUCGGUCUAUCCCCUGGAACCAGUUCUACGCGAUGGAAAACCCGAACGUUUCCAUGGAAUUUUUCAACGAACACAUUAAAAGAGUGCAUGAUUUGUGCAUCCCUCUUCGUGCUAGUACCAAUCGCCGUCGCUAUAAUCCGUGGUUCACGGACAGUGUACGUCAGUCCCUGCUUGAGCGUGACUUAGCGUACAAGGAUUGGCUGCAAGCUCCAACGUAUUUGAAAGACAUGAAGCGGCAUCACUACAAGGCACUGCGAAAUCGCGCUAACACGAAAAUCACUCGAGCCAAGCAGGAGUAUCUGAAUCGUUUUUUGAACUGCAGCACUCCGUCGAAAACCUUAUGGCAACGGUUAAAGAGCCUUGGAGUCGGUAAGGAUAAACACUCUGGGUCAUGUGAUUUCGAUCCAGAUGAUGUAAAUCGUGCUUUCUCAGCCAACUUUACAAACAGUUCCCGCCGGGGAGAAAUAUCCGUAAGCUCCGAAUUAGGAUCACCAUACAGUUUCUGUUUUCAACCAGUGCACGACUGGGAAGUCGUCAACGCCAUCUGUGACAUCAAGUCGAACGCCGUCGGAAUGGACGGCUUGCCCAUUAAAUUUGUGAAGAUCAUCCUACCGCUAGUCGUGCAACACAUUACAUAUUUGUUUAAUAUGUUUAUCGAGGGCUCCACAUUUCCUGACUCUUGGAAACACGCAAAAGUUUUACCAUUGAAGAAAAAGGCUCGUUUGAACGACAUCAGUAAUCUUCGACCUAUCAGCAUACUUUGUGCGUUGUCGAAGGCUUUUGAGAAGCUUCUUAAACAGCAAAUGACGUUCUACAUAGAAGGUAAUGGCUUGCUAACGGACUAUCAGGCUGGCUUCCGUCGGGGACAUAGCAUCAAAACCGCAGCUCUUCGAGUGUAUGACGAUUUAGCAUCCAUUGUCGAUAAAAAAGGUUCCGGUAUAUUGCUACUGCUCGAUUUCUCAAAGGCUUUUGAUACAAUUCCGCAAAGUAAGCUACUGACCAAGCUGAGUGCUCAGUUCAACUUUUCCUCCGCUGCCUGGGAUGGCCUGAUAGCGCAGCAAUGCGGAAAGAUUUAUGCUAGUCUACGAACGUUGUAUUGCUGCACACCCUCCGCACCGACUGCCACCAAACUGAAUCUGUUCAAAUCCCUGAUCCUGCCGCAUUUCCUGUUUGGCGAUGUUCUGCACAUUCGUCCCAGCGCAAGCUCCUUAAAUCGUCUGCGUGUGGCAUUAAACUGUUGCGUGAGAUUUGUGUACGGAUUGAGCCGCUAUGACCAUGAAGCGUAA